UCCGGUUGAAUAGCAAUAUGGAGGGAGAGCCUGUAUUCAAUAAAGUAGAGAAUGUAUAUGUUUCACAUGUGGAAGAUGCAGUUACAUUUUGGGCACAGCCAUUGUCUAGAAUCCAUGACAUUUCUAAGUUGAGUGAAUCCUUAGCCAAGGUUUGCCAGUCCAUGAAUACUGUAUUUGGAAUUCCUGAUCUUGACAAGAUUUAUGCUGGAUUGUUCUCUGCUGACAAUUGCUGGUACAGAUGUAAGUUACACUAUGUUGGUAAUGAUGAACAGUGUUCUGUCACAUAUGUUGACUAUGGAAAUUCCGAAAUUUUAAACAGAUCAAGCAUAGUUGAACUUCCAGAAGACUUGCAGUUUUCACCUGUUGCCCAGAAAUACAGACUCUGGGGACUACAGCUCAAAACACGCACUGAUAUUGAACAGGGCCUGAAGUUACUCGCCACUCUCAUAGCUGAUAAGCAAAUCUCUGUGCAGCAAAAAGCUACAUACAAAGACGGCACUGUUAUUGUCCAGGUCAUUCAUGAAAACCUUGAUAUUGGGGAGGAGAUGGCCAAAAAGGGAUUUGCUGAAAAAUGCAAAAUAGUCAGUAGUCCAAAUAAAGUUGAAGACAUUGCAGAUGAUCAACAGAGCAAUGCAAAGCAGCAAGCUCCAUGGAAGUUCAAAAAGUUAGAAAGACUUCCUAUGCGAGAACCAAAAUCUUUUCCAAUGUUUAAUCCCUGCUCUAAUGACCACAGAAUACCUGAAUUGCGUAAAGAAAAUCUGAAUGGCAACAAUUUGUCGACUGUAAGGUUAAAGAGUAAAACAGACACGACUACCAGUGAUGGAAUGAAAAUUGAUAAGAAAAUACUGGAUGAGAAUAAGGAGCUGAAAUUGGAGAAGGAGGCUUUGCUACAGAAGAUAAAUUCUUUAGAGAAAGAAAAGGAGACAUCGAAAGAAACUAUUGGUAAUUUGCAAGAAACUUUGCAGUUGGCAGUAGGAAACAAACUGAAAACGUUAACCAUCAAGAUUGAAGCUCUCAGAGCUGUAAGAUGUACAAAUGAAAACACAAAAAUUGGAGAUGAUCUUCUGGAGGCUAUUAGUAUUGUAACUGAAGAAAGGAUCUCUACUCCUUCCUCUUUGAAUCAACUAGAGGAAACCUGGACUGAAUACAGCUUUUCACAGGAAAAGAUCCGGAGUUGCUCAGAUGUGGUUUUUUUAGAUGAAUUGUUGGCAAGUCGAAAUCAAAUUCAGCAAACUCUUCACUCGUCUGUGGAGUUAUUUAUUCUUGAAGUCGAUGAAUUGCCGCUUGAAGGACGCCAAACAAAAUUAAAGGCAUUGCUGCUUUCACUUAGUGCUGUUUAUGGAACGCAUGCUGAGAGUGAAGGUUUGGAUUCUGUGUUUGAUACAUUUUUCAAAUGGAAGCAGGCCAAAAUGGAGAAGUUCAACUGUGUCAAAAAUGACACUAACAAUUCAUUAGGAUCCCUGUCCUCAUGGUUCUAUGACAUCAAAGAGUUUUUUGAUCUGACAGCUGACACAUCCAUGAGUGCUUCUGAUGUUGUAGGAAACAUUGAUGAUAUACUGAACAAAGUUGAGUCGGACAUCUCAAAAGAACUUGAAAUCUCUCUUAUGGAGCAAAAUGAAGAAGACGAGAAAAUAAUAAGAAAUGCAUACAACAGGGUUGUGGAAUUGAUUCAUCAGGAACUUGCACUCAUCUCAGUUAUUCAGUCGAAAUAUUCAUAUAGUGUUGAGUUUAAAAAGAACAUUGUUGAAUGGCUUGAUAAAAGCCCCAAUGUUGACCACUUAAUGUCAGUCAAGAAGAAUAUCAAACGACUGAAAGCUCAGCUGAGAUGGAAAAUUGUUGAGAGAACCACUUUGGAAGAGGCAGAUGAAUACAGUGAAACAAUAAUUGCGGAGAUAAGUCAUGACAUAGCAGUGCUAAGGAACAAUAUAUUUUCUGAAAUCAGUCAAGAGCAAGAAGAAUAUGGGACAUUGAGUAUACUAGUUCAGAAAUGGUUUCCUGAGCUUCCUCUUAUUCACCCAGAAGCAGGAAUAUUAAGAUACAUGAAAUCUGGAGGACUUCUUUCAGAUAGUAUGGAGCGUGACCUCCUAGAUGGUGAGCCAAUGAAAGAGCUCAGUAGCAAGCGUCCCCUUGUGAGGUCCGAAAUUAAGAAUAAGCAGGUGUUGUUGAAGGGUUAUUCUGUAGGCGUGGAUACAGAAGAAAAAGUAAUAGAGAGAGCUUCAAAAUAUCGUGCAGCAUGGUGUAAACAAAAGGAAGAAUCUGGCAUAAUGGAAUUGCUAAAUCUAUUUUUUUGCAAAGCUGAUCCCUUACUUUACUUAAUGCUUCCUUUUUAUCCUGGAGAAAGCCUUGGUUCAGUGCAAGCCAAUUCAUCUUUAGACUCAAAUGAAAUUGUGAGAGUGAUGAGGGGAGUAGCACAAGGGCUGCAGACGCUGCAUGCUGCCAAUAUAAUAAUUGGUUCCCUGCAUGAAAACAAUGUGUUUGUUGUAAAUCGGCAGAAAGGAAUUGUGGGGGAUUUUGACUUCACCAAGGAUGCUGAGCAGCGGAGUUCUGUCACCUGGUCUUGCUUCCCACACUUGAUAGCUCCUGAAUUAAAGCUAGGGCUGCCAGCUUCAGAGUCCUCAGAUUUAUAUGCUUACGGCUGCAUCCUCUUGUGGCUGUCUAUAAGAAAGCGAGACUUUGCAGUCAAAACUGAUGGGACUCCUGAUCUGAAUGGUCUGGACUUGGAUAUGAAACUGAAGGAUCUUCUAUCCAAUCUUCUAUCUAAGGAAGAACGAAUGCGAGCAGAGCAAGUAAAAACCCAUGAAUACUUCCAGUUACCUGAAGAGACUUUAAACAUUUUGCCCGACACAGAAAGUGACAUUGCUAGAAAUACUCCUGCAGAUUUUGCUUGAAAUGUGUUCACUUUACAAACAGUUUAUUUAAUGUUUUCCACAUUGGUUUGGUCACCUGAAUGAAAAACCUUUGGCAUUCCGCACUGUGACAUUUAAUGUUGGUCAAAAUUUUGAAAUGUUUUUCUUUUGGUACAUUUCAAUGAAUGUUUAUAAAUGUUUGUGUUGUGAUGUAUUUGUUUCCUUUUUUUUUA